AGGCUGACCACGUGUCGGUUUUUAGAUAUCCGCCAGUUAAAAAAAAAAGGUUCAUUUCCUACUCUGAUCAAUUUCCGGCCAGCCAGCUUCUUGUUCCCUUCCUUACUUGUCAAUACACAUUCUAAUGCUGAGAUGAAGUUUGCAAAAUACUUGGAAUCAGAAAGCAUUCCGGAAUGGAGAAAGGCAUAUAUAGACUAUAAAGGGCUGAAGAAAAAAUUGAAAGCCAUUGAAAAGCACAAGAAAUCAAAAGAUACACGAGCAUCGUUCACCACUCACAUAUCAGACGAUGAGAAUUCAACUUAUGUUGCAGAAGAUCAAAUUGAUCCAGUGGAUACUCCCAGAAGUUCGAAUCUGAUUCGUCGUGCUCGAACAGAGCCAUUCAUUUCAUCGCAAAACUCGAAUGCGAUAAGUGGAUUUCCGAGUGGGCUGUGGAGACGGCUCUCCUGGAAAUAUGGAAGGGAUACUGCCUUAUCCGAGUUGGAAUCUCGACCAGCGUCCCUUCAAAGUCGCCAGGGCUGCGUACUUGAUGAUGUGCUGGAACAUGCUACCCAACCAGAGCGUGAUUUUUUCUAUGCCCUGGACACGGAGCUGGAACGUAUAGCAAACUUUUAUCAUGAAAAAAAAAAUGAAGCGGAAACGAAGCUGACAACGCUCAAAAAUCAAAUCAUGUUGAUCGAGGAGUAUGGCAAACAUUUGGUGAAAGUUUCGCCUGUCGACCCGUAUGAGCAUCCCAAAAUACAACGAGUCCUGGCGUGGAUGCGAUUGCGUGUACCUGAAAUGUCCGAUCAAACUAAUGCCAUGGAAGCUGGAGAUCCAAAUAUACCGCCAAUAUCUCCAGUUAAGCAAAUUGACGUACAAGAGUCGCACCACAUAAGUUACAAGGUGGCCAGGGGUCGUUUGAAGAAAGCUUUGUUUGAGUUUUACAGGAGUUUGGAGUUUCUGCGAAAUUACAAAGUAUGAUGUUGUAUCAAGGGUGACCCGGGGUUUUGCAGUGCAUAUCGUAUUAACAUUAGUUUCCAGGCACUCAACGCAACAGGAUUUGCGAAAAUUCUCAAGAAGUUUGAUAAGACGGCAGGAUGGAAGGCU